GAGAAGGACAUGCUGCUCCUGGCUCGGGUGGGGACCCCAGCACUGGGGUGCAGAGCCAGCGCGGCCACUGUGACCAAGCUGCUGUCCUCACCCAGGCCCCUGCCUCUCUGGAGACCGUGGCUGCCCCGAGAGGAGGAGGAGGCGACCGGGCGGCAGCGGGAACGGACGGACACUGCCCAGCCUCUCGACGUGUCACGGGACGUGUCAGGGGACAGCGACCCCAGCAAGGCGCUGGCGCUUUUCCACCACCCGGUCAGGCUCCUGUGGCCCAGGUCCAAGUCCUUCGACUAUCUGUACGGCGUGGGGGAGAGGCUGCUGCGGGACUUCCCCGUGCAGGCCACGCUCUGCCUUUACGACGACUCGGGCAGCGAGGAGGAGGAGGAGGAGGAGGAUGAAGAGGACAACGAUGAUGAGGACAAUGAGGAGGACGAUGAGGAAGAGGAGGGCGAAACUGGGGGUGCUGUGCCUGUUACGGGGGCUGGCUCCUGGCUGCCAGCAGCCGGCUCAGCCCGGCCGGUGUGAGGGUGGCACAGAGGGCACGGGGAUGGCGGCGAGGCCGAGGCCGUGAGAGGUGUGGGGAUGGAGGACGGGUGGAGGCUCUGAGCACCACA